CCCAUGACACUUGUGUUCGAACUCGUCGUGCGCAUUCUUUCCGAACUCUGGGCUGCCCAAUAUUCUAUCGAUGAUCAAGUUAAAACGUUCUUGGUUUGCUCUCUUGUAUCCAAACAGUGGUCUGCCGCGAUGAAGGAAGUGAAUUCUACGCACUCGUUCAUUCCCUUCUCCUAUAAUGGAGGACGAUUGUAUAGCAUCAAGUCGCUAUCCUCAAUCUCUCAUCCAAUGCUCUGCCGCACCAUAACUUUCGGGAUAAACUACGUAACCGUGCCAGCGCUACUUCUUGCCGACAAGUGCACACCGUCCAUUGAAGCCAACCGAGGAGUGGUAUCUACGCUUCGGAAGAUAUUCCGCGGUCCUAAUACACCUGCACAUGCAACACAUAUCUAUGUUGACUAUGUUGAUGAUUCACAAAUCCACAUCCCCCGUUUCUGGGUUCCUCCACAAAUUACACGGCUAACCAUUAUCUACCACUAUCGUCGUUGCGGGUCCAGGAAUUUCAUAGAGCAUAAUCGCUUCUGCUCCUGCAGAAAACCAAACACAAAACCACGAGUGCAGCAUCUUACCAUCAUGGAAGCCAUGCCUGGGAUCGUAAAGCGUCUGAUAGACCCUAUCAAGAAGUGGCGAUACCUACGUUCGUUGACUACUGAUGUCGAAAUUACCGUUUGCCCUUCGAUUUCUCUUAAUUUUAUCGAAGAGUGGGAUUUUCCCGAUCAGGAUAUUGGGCUUGAUUUUGUGAAUCGUUGUAUGUUCGGCGAACGAAGGAACUCUGGCUGGUCGCGCUGGUACUACAGUCCAUGUUCCACAAAAAGUACUGAUCAUUAUAUACCAAUGUUUGAACAGGUCAUUCCAGUGGGCUCUGUGGGAUACAUCGAUCCUCUGACGAGGAAGUUUAUCAUACUAUUCAAUGCCAUUGAUCCGACAUCGUCCGUGGAGCCACGAAUUCAUGAAAUAGCUUCCCUCCUCGAAGGCGAGACGACAAAACUGAUCGUAGACCCAAAUUAUUCUCCUGUCCUGGGGUGGGAAUACAAACGUACACUUAUCAAUACAGAUGCGCUUAGGGCUUUCAUGGAGCAAAGAUCGAUUUAUGAUAUCCUUGUUGGACUUGGACGUUCCUCCGCAACGCUCUAUCUGACUUUGGGACAAGCUUUUGCCCGGCACCUUAUAGGAACACAUUUUGACAGCUGGUUUCGUCAGCACAUACAGACGAUUCUGGAUGUAUUUAGAGAGGAUCACCCAUAUAUCCGAAAGGGAUUGGACCUUGUCACCACCACCGUAGAUUCUGCCCAGUAUGCUUGGCUUGCUGAUCUUGACGUGCUACUACUUAAGACCCACACACAGGUCUACUUUCGACUUAAUCCGCUGGCUGCAAACAUCCAUGGAAGCGUUUGGGGAGAGUUCCUAUUUCCUCCGAGACGAAACGACUUCAAGUUCGACUCCGACUCCGAUGCUUCUGACUGGAUUAUUAUGGAUCCAUGGGUUCAUGUCUCCACCAAAUCACAUAUGUACCUGGCAAGCACCGUAGUAAUGCACAAUCUAAAGAACUGCCUCGAAAGUGCUGCCCCUCGUGAAUUCCGACUCCUCCUAUCAGGGACAAAUUGGUGA